GUCUUUUCAUAUUCUGUCAAGCACUUGUAGCGGCUGAUUACUGUUGCUGCAGUCUAUGAUAGAAUCUCUAUCUAACUUGAGGAUUAAAGAAGCAGUCAUCAACCUUAUCCAUUAAAACCUUGAGGAUUUUUCUCCAGUUUUCUAAAUGCUGUACAGCUUUGGUGUCUUUGAUCCUUUUUGCCAGUCUAAUACAAACACAGAGGUGCCCUAAAGAGGAGAAGGGGCUUCACUCUCUGGACAAGAAAUGGACGUAGGACACGGAUUCUAUCGGCCGGUGGAUGUCGAGGACUACGCUCACUACAUUGUUGCCUUCUUUGUCUUUGUGAUUGGAACAGUGGGAGUUACUGGGAAUGCCUUGGUCAUGUAUGCCUUUUACUGUAACAAGAAGCUACGGACUGCCCCUAACUAUUUCAUCAUGAACCUAGCAGUCAGUGACUUCCUCAUGGCAAUUACACAGUCACCCAUCUUCUUCGUGAACUCCCUUUACAAGGGGUGGAUUUUUGGUCAAACAGGCUGUAAAAUGUACGCCUUCUGUGGAGCUUUGUUUGGAAUUACUUCCAUGAUAAACCUUCUGGCCAUCUCUCUAGAUCGCUACAUUGUCAUCACCAAGCCUCUGCAGGCCAUACGGUGGACCUCCAAGAGACGCACUUGCCUUGUUAUUGUUCUUGUCUGGCUGUACUCACUUGCCUGGAGCCUUGCACCCCUUUUAGGGUGGAGUUCAUACAUACCGGAGGGACUGAUGACCUCCUGCACAUGGGACUACAUGACAUCUACUCCUGCAAAUAAAAGUUAUACUUUGAUGCUAUGCUGCUUUGUAUUCUUCAUCCCUCUGGGCAUUAUAUCCUAUUGUUAUCUGUGCAUGUUCCUGGCAAUCCGCCACGCAAGCAGAGAUGUGGAGAAGUUGGGGAAUCAGGUGAUGCAGCAGCAGUCCAUCAAGACUGAAUGGAAGCUGGCCAAGAUUGCCUUUGUGGUCAUCAUAGUGUAUGUGCUUUCCUGGUCACCCUAUGCAUGUGUCACCCUCAUCGCCUGGGCUGGAUAUGGAAGCAUCCUCAGUCCCUAUUCCAAAGCAGUCCCUGCUGUUAUAGCCAAGGCCUCAGCCAUCUACAAUCCCAUUAUCUACGCCAUCAUUCACUCUAAAUACAGGGACACCAUGGCAGAAAAUGUUCCCUGUCUGCACUUCCUAGCCCAGGCCCCGCGGAGGAAGUGCAUAUCAAACAGCGAGUGCUCCCUCAGGGAGUUAGGGCUGAGUAGACAGUCAUCAGUCUUCAAAACCAAGUUUUACAGAGUUUCAUCCAUGUCUACAACAGACACACAGGUUUGGAGUGAUGUGGAGCUGGACCCUAUCGACCAGAGUCAAUAUGUGAGGUCCAGCUAUUCCCUCUGGGCUCUGAGGGACAAAGAGCAAACUUCAGUAGCUAACCAGGCAAUAGGAAAGCAAAGCCAAAGCCAGGAACAGAUCCACAUGCCAGAGCAAGAAACACUGAACAGAUGUGACCACACCCCAUCACCCGAGUCUGUCACAGUCAUGCCAUCGCCAUUGGGGAAUAGAAGGGAGGAGAAUCCUAACGGUUGGAACAAAGAGAACACACAGGAAGAUGAGGAAAAAGAGGUUGAACACGAACAGAGAGAGGCACAGCAAGUUCAGGAGGAGAAAGAAGUGCAGGAGCCCAUGGACCUCAUCCAGCCAGACUCUCUGGACAAUAUUGUAUGUGUGCACUCCCAAAUGAUCAUCAGACCCAACUUAAAGAAAGUCCCUUUGGACCAUGAGAGUUGUGCGGAAAAACAAACCACACAGAGCAGACAGAGAGAACUGUUGCUCAAUAUCCAGCCUCUGGACAGGUCUGCUCAAGGAUUUGAGUCUGUGGAAAGAUUUCUGAGUUAAUUGCUGGCUAUGUUCAUUUGUCUAUGUGGCUAUGUGUGACUGUGACACAGUAAGUAAACACGUUUGUUUUCUUUAUUCAGGAAUGCUGAGGUAACCUUUUGAAGCAGCUAUCAAAAACUUUUCUCUCAACUGCUUAGCAAUGCAGUGCAACCAAGUACAUUUGGUUUUUGUGCCAUAUAGGUAACGGUUUAUGUACACAACUGCUCUAAUAAUCCUGGCACACACCUCUCCACCUCCUCCUUGUUGUUAACAUGCACAAUAAUGCUACCCCAAUUGUUUUUGGUGUGGAGGCACAUAUUUUGCUGCACAUGCUGGGUACGACACUGUCACAGUGAAACAAUUACAACCUUAACUUAAAAUGGCCGUUAAAGUUCAAAAUA